UGCAAACUCACCAAAUAAAAGAGUUAAAAAAAAGGAUUGCUCGUCUACUCACUGCCGACGCGACCGUAGAAUUAAUUUUUACCAAAUUACAUCCUAAAUAUCAUAAGCCGAUUAAAAGCAAGAAAAAACUCCACGCUCAUAAUGAGGAACAUGAUUUACAAUUAGGUGAUAAAGUAGUAAUCAAAAGUAGCCGUCCUUAUUCCAAAACUAAAAGAUUUUUAGUCAUUAAGAAAGAAAAUUAA